ACCAUAUAUAAACAGAUGUCCUCAGAUGGAAUUGGUGGUGAUCCUUGUAAACAGAUUUCAGUUUCUGAAAAUGUUGAGGUUACGGAUCGUCGUCUUGUUUGUUUUGAGAUGGGUGCAACAGGUCUCAAUGUUGAUUCUAACAUUGAACUUGAAGAUGACCCAAUUCCCGUUGAAGAAACUCCUCUUGUUGACAAGAGGAAAUCUAAGAAACCCAUAGCGCUGACGUCUCCGUUUAUGGAGUAUGACUCUUCCAUUUCUAGUUCUAAAGAUGGUUCUGGUUAUGGAGUUGUUAAGUAUGUGGCUGGGUUGUGUCCUCUCGAUGAUAAGAUUGGUGAAGAUGUAGAACAUAAAGACGAGAUUGAUUUUGACUUGUGGCUUGGUGAAGGACGCCGAUCGAAGAAAGAUCCGCAUGAUAAGGAGAAGGUUUACUUGAAGGGUAAGGAUAAGAUUGUUCCCCCUUUUCGUUUUGGCGUGGAAGAUGUUGCAACCAAGAUGUGGUUCCACAAGCUUGCAUAUCCUGGCCAAUGUUUGACUAAUUCUCAUCUGGACAUCAUUUUUUACUAUCUACGUAAAAAAGGAAAGUAUGCAAAGGAGCCAAAGGUUAAGUUCACAACCACCGAUUGCUUAUUCUUCAAAACCAUUCAUGCUUUGUAUGAAAAAUUUAUUGCACAGAAAAAAAAUCUUUCUUUGAUAACUGCCCAGCAUGCCAUUGCUGAUUAUAUAAGAGGUAGAAAAAUGUUAUGUGGUUCCCCUUGGCAUUUGUGCGAUCAUGUUUUCUUUAUCAUCCAUAUGGAGACUGAAUCACAUUGGAUUCUUGGUCGAUUGAAUAUUGAGGAAAGGCGUGUGUACAUGUACAACUCCUUGUCGACUGCUAUGAAAGAUAGUGCUGCUAUCAAAGCUUGUCAGCCAUUUGCGGUGUUGUUUCCCCACUUUUUUGCUUUGUUUGAUGAGUUCAAAAAGGAAAACAAACCGGUUUGUUUAGACCCUUUCGAAGUUGUUAAGGUUGAUGGUUUGCCUCAACAAACCUCGAAUGACUGUGGUUGUUUCGUUGCAUCGUUCGCCGAAUACUUUAUUGAUAUGAAACCGAUUCCUCCCAUAUUUGAUGUUGAGAAACACCGUGAUAGGCUUGCUGUGUUGUUCUAUAAGUAUGCUCGCAUGAAAGAAGUGGAAUUUAUUGAUAGUGAAGAUGAGGCUCCUCCAAAGGGUCCAAAGAAGAAUUUGUCUUAGUUAUCUAUUGGUUGUUGUUGGAAAUACUACUUUUUUUUUAUGUAGCUUUUGUUUUUUCUAUUACCAGAUUAUGUUCAUAAUCAUAGACAAGUUGUUGUUUCUAUUAUGUUUUUUUUCUUAAUUGGAAUUGGUUUUUAAUUUGUUCAUAUUUUUGGAUUUUUAAUCUUUAUAUUUACUCUUACUCAUGACAGCAUACUAUUAACAACCUUAUUACAACCAUCUGAUAAACAACUAAAUUGCAUUUGUAAUCACUUUAUGUAGUUUAUUUUUCCUUCUUAUUAAUUUCAACCUUCUUCCACUCAUUUAAUUAGUUAUCUAUAAUAUUUGAUGUUCUUUUGUAUAUUAAUGAUAAUAAUACCAAUUCCCUAUUAUCAAUAUCUCUCCACAUAAAAAAUCACAAUAAAAAAAUGUAUGUAACAACCAAUCGUAAUAUGCAGUAUGUGUUUUCUAAAUGUUUUAAUAUAGUUGUUUUUUGGUUGAUGUGUAGUUGUUUCCACUUCUAUGCUGUAAUUCUUCUGCAGGUCUUUUUGUUAUGUCCCUUUUGUCCACACUUGCCACACUUGUUUUGUUUCUUUGUUUCCCAAGCUGCUGCCAUUCUUCUUUUCCUCGGCCUUCCGUACUUGAUUCUCUCCUUUGGAGGCAAC